UCCAUCCUUUUGUGCUGACUAGUCCGUCCUUUUGUGCUGUGGUUUCACUAGUUAAAGGAAGAAAAGAUGCGUAUGUGUACUUUCCUUUUAAAAUGUUUUUUCUUUAAAAACAUUUUUAUGUGAUAAAAAGCCAAACCGUUAUUUCUAUCUUUUGCACCAAAUAGUUUAUUCGAUUUGUCAAGUACGUUUUUUGUUUUUUGUCAAGUACGUUUUGAGCACCGACAGGCUGUACGCCAUCAAUACUACAGGCCCCUCUUUCUUUAAGCCUUGAUAUCUAAUUUCAGCUUCUGGUGAAAUUAACAAAGAAAGCUAGUGACCUCCUUUUUGUUAAAUUUGGUUGGUGUCUUUUACACCCGAAUCUUUGGAGACCUUACUUUGGUAUAGGACACAGUCGACUGCCUGCCUCUUUGAAAGGGUGGAGAUUGGUACCUACUUCAGAGCACUAUUUUGAUUCGGAAAGAACUUUGCAAACUUCACUAUGGAAAUACUAGGUCUUAUCUCCCAUCUUCUGUCAUAAUAAAGUCUGAAGAUAUCUGGAUCAUUUGGACUUCCUUUAAAACAUCACAUUGUUCCACUACAUUGAUGGCAUUACCUUGGUCAGAUCAGGAUACAGAUGAAAAUCAAGAACAAUGGACAAAGAAACCACAGCUUCCUUCGACAUCAUACAUACCUCAAAAGGAUCUGCUAGACAACAAGUGCCUAACUGAAAAAUACACACAUCUCUCCUGCAAUAAAGUCUUCUGUCAACCAUGGCAGAAAUGCAUCGAUGGGACCUGUAUCUGUAAACUCCCUUAUCAGUGCCCAAAGAAUGGUAGCAGAGUGUGUUCAACUAAUGGGAAAAGCUACCUAACUUACUGUCAGCAGAAGAGUUUUGAAUGUCUUCAGCCAAGGGCAAAAUUUUUAAAUAAUGGAACAUGCAUAGCUGAAGGAGAAUUUAGUGUUUCCUUAAAGUAUGGAACUACCACUUCUGAGGGAAUUGUUGAAGUAAAACUUGUAGACCAAGAUAAGAAAAUGUUCAUAUGUAAAAAAGCCUGGAGCAUAGUGGAGGCUAAUGUGGCCUGUCUUGAACUUGGAUUUCAACAAGGUGCUUUUGAGGUUCAAAAAAGUUUUGAAGUUCCUGAAGAUCUCCGUGUAAAUUCUACCGAAUGUCUGCAUGUGCAUUGUCGAGGAUUAGAGACUAGUUUGGCUGAAUGCACUUUUAUUAAGAAACAAACUAAAAAUUACCAGGAUUUAGCUGGUGUGGUAUGUUACACACAGAAUACAGUUUCUUCAGCAAAUGACUCCUUUCAUUGUGUGAAUGGGAAAUAUAUUCCUCAAAAGAAAACCUGUAAUGGUGUCAAUGACUGUGGAGACCAAAGUGAUGAGCUGUGCUGUAAAGGAUGCCGAGGCAAAAGUUUCCUUUGUAAAUCCGGUGUUUGUAUUCCAAAUAAGUAUAAGUGCAAUGGUGAGCUGGACUGCAUUACAGGAGAAGAUGAAAUUGGUUGUAAAGGUGAACAGGAUAUUGACCUGACACAUGUAUCGGGAGAUGAUGACCACAGACCUGGGCAUUCUGAAAUUAAAGAAGAAACAGAACUUUUGACUGCUAAUAUGGAUGCAGAAAGAAAACGGAUAAAGUCACUUCUCCCUAAACUAUCCUGUGGAGUUAAACCCAUCCGGCCCACUCGAAGGAAACGAGUUGUCGGAGGAAAGCCAGCAGAAGUGGGAGACUUCCCGUGGCAGGUGGCAAUUAAGGAUAAUGAGAAAAUCAACUGUGGAGGAAUUUAUAUUGGAGGCUGUUGGAUUCUAACUGCUGCACACUGUGUCAGCGUCAGUAAAGCUCACCAUUACCAAAUAUGGACAUCAUUUCUACAUCUGUUAAGACCUGAGGAAGAGCUAGUUGUUCAGCUAGUAAAUCAAGUUAUUAUCCAUGAAAACUACAAUGGAAGCAGCUAUGAAAAUGACAUAGCUUUGAUUGAAAUGAAAAAACACUCAAACAGAAAAGAAUGUGUGCUGCCUAAUUCUGUCCCUGCCUGUGUCCCCUGGUCUCCAUAUCUAUUCCAACCUAAUGACAGAUGCAUUAUUUCUGGCUGGGGUCGAGAAAAAGAUAACCAAAAAGUCUAUUCACUUCAGUGGGGUGAAGUUAGGCUAAUAGACAACUGCUCCAAGUUUUACCCGGGUCGCUACUUUGAAAAAAAAAUGGAAUGUGCAGGUACAGAUGAUGGUUCCAUCGAUGCCUGUAAAGGGGACUCUGGAGGCCCCUUAGUCUGUCAAGAUAUCAACAAUGUGACUUAUGUUUGGGGUGUUGUGAGUUGGGGUGAAAACUGCGGAAAACCAGAGUUCCCUGGUGUUUACACUAAAGUGGCCAAUUAUUUUGACUGGAUUAGCUAUCAUGUAGGAAGGUCUCUUAUUUCUCAGUACAACGUAUGAAAUUGUGAUCUCUUCUGCUCUUUUCCUCUUGGGAGUUGGAUUUUGAUUGAAAUGAUACGACAUGAUUAGUACUUCUCUAGGGAAAAAAAUAAUAAAGCACAUUUUAUUGGAUAUUUUUAAAGAUCUCUAAAAAAGCCAUAUUAGAACUUUGCUGUAAAUUAUCAAAUAAAUAUUUUAGUCGAGCA